AGAGCUUGUUAUGGGAGUUACAACACGACACCCCUAUCUUCCUCCAUAUGAAAGCAAAGUGUGAGACUUGAAAGUGAUUAAAGAUAACUCAAGCUUCAAACUUGAAACUUGAAACCAACCAGCAGCAACAGCGUACUUCUAGCAACCUCUUCUGGAGUUUCCCUCGCUUUGAAUCCAAAACCCCCCACUUUACCCCAACGACACAACUCACCAAUCACAAACAAAGCUUCCAUCUUUUCUCCUAAAGCCUCUGUCUUUCUCUCUCUCUCUCUCUAUGUCUUCGUGAAUGACGCGUUUUCAUGGCGGCUUUAUCCAAUUCGGGUUCUGAGAUUUCACCAAACGCAACACACCCAUGUCCAAUCUGGGCCUUUUCGUCUUCCUCUUCACUUUCUUCAUCGCCAUCCCUUUCUUUGUUUUCGUAAAGCUGAGGAAAACAGAGCACAAGCAACAGACCCAGAAUGACCUGUUUGAACUAAAGCGGUUUCUGUCCGAGACUUUGGCCGAGACCACUCAGGUAGGCAAUGAAAAUGACCCGACCCAUUUGGCCCAAAAAGGGUCGGGCUCGGAGGACGAGGAGAGGGAAGGGUCCGGCGGCAAUGAGAAAGUGAAAAAGAAGAGGAGGGCCAAGAAGAAGAAUACAUCACAUUUGGAACAAGAUGGCGGUGGUGGGGAGGAUAUGAGUGAGAAAGGGAAUUCGGGUCCUCAGAUCAAGGCUGAUGUGGUGUGUUUCUACCCGUUUACGUCAUCCACUAGUGCUACACAAAGAAAGAUCAAGAAACAAUAUGAUGAGCUUAUGAAGUGUAAUGCAUCCAAGAAAUUGACGCUCUCUCAGGUUGGACAGUUUGCUACUUGCUUAGUUGAGGCUAGAAAUGAGCUACAGCACAAGGCUGAUGCCAUUCAGCGUAAAUUCACAAUAAGAAAGGCUUUACUAUACAAGGCAGAUAGAUCUUCUUUUGACCGCCUUCGUAAACAGAUAUGCAAGCUAGAAUUAGAACAGAAGAGACUGGAAGAGGAUGCAUCUGUCUACAAUUGGCUCCAACAACAGCUUAAGCUUUCACCAGCAUACAAGAAGAUGCUUGAAACUAGUGCCUGCACGGAGUUGAAGACCAAAUCGAGAGAGCAAAUGGAGAGUAAAGAUGUGGAGUUUACUGGAAUUUCAUUUGAAGAUUUCCUGGCACAAGAAAAGAAGGAUUCAUUCUGGCAGAAAAACAUGAAAUCAAGAUCAUGCUCAAGCUGAUGACAGUGAUUCCAACUUCGCUGUGGUCCUUGUGGUUGACACUUUACUGGGCAUCGGAAUAUAUAUUCACAAAGUCAUGCAUAUUGCUGUUUCUCUUUU